AUGGCGGACGAUGAAAGCGUGACCACAGAGGAGGUAACGCCGUCUAAUAAUUCAUCUAACAAUGUCUCAACAGAGCAGUGUCAGGAAUAUAAAGUUUAUAAGCGACGAUGGUAUAUUUUAUUGGUAGUAGGUAUUUUGAAUACUUCAAAUGCUAUGAUCUGGAUCACCUUUUCUCCUAUCGCAGAUGUUACUACCCACUUUUAUGAUAUAAGUUCCAGUGCAGUCAAUUGGCUAUCACUUGUCUAUCUCAUUGCCAGUGUUCCUUUUGGGUUUUUAGCCACUUGGCUACUGGAUACAAUUGGUCUUAGAGUUAGUAUCGUUUUAUGCUCUUGGUUAAACUGCAUUGGAUCAUUGCUUCGAGUGGUCAGUUGCCUUGAAGUGAUUCCUAAAACUUACCAAUAUAUACUGCUGAUAACUGGUCAAAGCCUUGCAGCUUGUGCACAACCAUUUGUUGUAUUCUGUCCAACUAAACUUGCUGCUUUAUGGUUCAGUGGAAACCAAAGAGCAACUGCGAAUAUGUUAUCUGCCAUGUCAAAUCCUCUUGGUAUCAUGAUAGCCAAUUUAGUUUCUCCAGCCAUUGUGACUUCAGGUGACAAAAUACCAUUUCUGUUACAAAUAUAUUCUAUCCCAGCUGUAUUAUCAAUGCUGAUGGCUACUUUUGGUGUGUGCAGUUCCGUUCCACCCACUCCCCCAACUGUUAGCGCUGAAGAAAAAUCCGAACCUUUUUUCAUAGGAUUAAAACAAAUUUUUCAGAACAAAUCAUACUUGAUAUUGUGUUUGAGUUUUGGUACAGGGCUUGGACUGUUCACUACACUAUCAACACUUAUUCAACAAAUCUUAUGCCCCCAUGGAUAUGAUAAUACAUUUUCUGGCCUCUGCGGAGCUCUUUUAAUUGGUGGGGGUGUCACAGGUGCAGCAUUAACAGGCCUCAUUUUAGAUCGCACAAAGUGUUUUGAAGAAGUUAUUAAAAUUUGUUCAGCACUGUCUUCCCUUGCAGGUGUGGCAUUCUCAUUGCUUAGUCGCUAUGAGAACCAGAGAAUUUUAAUUGCAUUUAGUAUCACUUUAAUGGGUAUGUUUGGCUUCUCACUCUAUCCUGCCUGUAUGGAAACUGCUGUUGAAUGUACCUACCCAGUUGCUGAGGCAACAAGUUCUGGUUUAUUAUUUAUCUCAGGACAAAUGCAAGGCAUCAUAUUUAUCAUUCUUAUGCAAGCAUUAGCCUAUCCUUUACCAGCAUCUGAAAGUAUACAUGCAAUGUGUAAUACUAACAGUACAACUGGACAGGUAGACACACUGGACUACACAGGUAAAUAG